AUGUUCCUCAUCCGUCCGCUUCUCUUCAUUCUAUGGUGGCUCCGAUGUGGUGCACAGGAAACAACCGACGAUUUCCGGGAACACAACGAAUGGAUCGAUCCAAACGAUCCGACCACGCAUCUACGGAGAUCGGCGCCCCAAAUGUACACUUGUGAACGCGUCGAAUCGGCCGAGCCCACGCUAAAGCUCAUUUUGAGGGGACUUUUCAGACAAAUCCACGUGGAUCCGUCGCAGCGAGUCGGCUUUUAUCGAGCAGUCACCGCACAAAUGGGCAAAUACGAUGUCGAGCUGGUGCAAACUUAUUUGGACACUGCGAAUCCGACGCCCGAGCAACGGGAUGCAGUGCGAAAUGCGCUCAAUAACAUUUUUGAGGUGACUGAUCUCGGCAUCGAUGAUCCAUCUCGUUUCCAACUCCUACUGCGAAUGAUCGAACCAUGGAUCGUUCCACUGAACAUCCUCGUCGCCAUCCUCACUUUAAUCUACGUGAUGAAGCAAUUGUUUAGUUCGGGGCGGAUCCUGCGAAUUCUUCUUCUGCUCAUCUUCGUCAUCUCCCUGUUCACCUCGUACAAUCGAAUGUACCAAGAGAAGAUGGCGGAACGAAUCGCGCAAUCGAUGCAAGCGAAUGAUGCGUGUAAACCCCCAGGAAUUCUCUCGCGGUUCAAGAGCUUCAUCUCGAUUGAGAAAAAGUCGGAAUGCUUAAAGUUUAUCGAAGCUCAGACGGUGUCUGUCAUCUUUGAGAUCAGUCCGCUCGACGUUUUGUUCGAUGUACUGGGGAAUGGCCUUUUUUCACUGAUGGAACACUUCGCGACAAGGUUGAACAAAGCGACAAUCGCGUUGUACGAUGGACUCCCGAUUCCUCUUCAAAUAGCUGUCACUAUCGCUGUGCUCGUUAUUUUCUUGGUGAUCUUCCUGUUCGGUGUGGCUAGGUACAGGAUUGGUUUCUUCGGAAUGAGGUUUGAGCCAGCGAUUGGUGCAGGAUUGCUCGAUCAAAUUGGAGCUGCAGCGAAUGGAGUGAUCAACGCGUUGGAGUCACCUGGACAACAAAAUCAACAAACACCACACCAAAGCCAGCGUGCUUGGAUCGAAAACGUGACGCCGAGAACGAAAGACAGGAUGAGUCGAAUGUUGCCAGAGGCGAACAAUGGGGAACAUCAUCGAAUUCGUCACCGCUCGCCGUCACCAUCGCCAAAACCGAGAUCCCAUUCGACGCCGAGAAUCGCUUUGACUUUUUCGAAAGAU